AUGCUCGACAUCCUCUGCUUCGGCAACUCCCUCACCCAGGGCUUCUGGCACUACGGCCUCGAAGAACCACACCCAUACGCCCUCGCCCUCAAGGAGACGCUCGUCGAAGAAGAAAUCGUCGAGGGCGAGAUUGAGAUUGAUGUAGAAGGGAAACCGGGUGAUUUGGUCAAUUGUCCGCCGGGCCAAUUUAUCGACCGGAUGAGACGAAGAUUAGAAGGAGAAAAGACAUAUGACUGGGUAAUCGUGCUCGGUGGGACAAACGACCUGGGCUAUGGCUCCUUCUCUGCCGAGUCCAUCUACGCCGGCCUCCAAAAAACAUGGUCUCUCGCCCUGGCCUCCUCACCAACUACCAAAGUGCUUGCCCUCACUGUGCCAGAGUCUGCAUACGUCUCGACGAAACUAAAACGCAACCGGGAUGCAUUGAACAAGAGCAUUCUCGAGCAUCAGGAAGAUCGAUACUUCGCGUUUGAUCUUCACUCCGCACUGCCGUAUAGAGCCAUGGACGAUACGAUAAAAACUAAAAUCUGGGACGACGGGCUGCAUCUAACGGACAAGGGAUAUGAUAUGAUGGGCCAGCUUAUUGCUAGAAGAUUGGCCGAGUUGCUGCCAGGGACUUCUUGA